UGUUAUGAAACAAAGUAGCGCAGCAGCGGCUCGAGGUGCAGACAGUCAGAGGGACCCAGCGCUCAAACACAUAUACCCCGGCACAGCUCCCCGCUCUGCCCGAAGACAUGCUCCCGUCCCUGGGCCUCACAUAGAUGUCGCCUCCGGGGAGCCAGCACAAGAAUAAAAUGGCCCUAAAUUCCAUCCACUGGUUCCGGAAGGGCCUCCGUCUCCAUGACAACCCAGCUCUGCGGGAGGCGGUCCAAGGGGCGGCCACGGUGCGCUGCGUUUACUUCCUGGACCCGUGGUUCGCGGGCUCAUCCAACGUCGGGGUCAACAGGUGGAGGUUUCUUCUCCAGUGUUUGGAGGAUCUGGACGCCAGCCUUCGCAAGCUCAACUCUCGCCUUUUCGUCAUCAGGGGCCAACCAGCCAACGUGUUCCCGCGGCUCUUUAAGGAGUGGAAGAUCUCCCGGCUGACCUUUGAAUACGACUCAGAGCCUUUUGGGAAGGAGAGAGACGCCGCCAUCAAGAAGCUGGCCAUGGAGGCGGGCGUGGAGGUCAUCGUCAAAAUAUCGCACACCCUGUAUGACCUUGACAAGAUCAUCGAGCUGAACGGCGGGCAGCCUCCGCUCACCUACAAGCGUUUCCAGACUCUGAUCAGCCGGCUGGAUCCUCCGGAGAUGCCCGUGGAGAUGCUGACGGACACGCUGAUGGGGCGCUGCGUCACGCCCGUCUCUGAGGACCACGGGGACAAGUACGGCGUCCCCUCGCUGGAGGAGCUGGGCUUUGACACGGAGGGGCUGCCAUCGGCCGUGUGGCCGGGAGGAGAGACCGAGGCUCUGACCAGGAUAGAGCGCCACCUGGAGAGAAAGGCGUGGGUGGCGAAUUUCGAGCGUCCGAGGAUGAACGCCAACUCGCUGCUGGCCAGCCCAACAGGCCUCAGCCCGUACCUGCGCUUCGGCUGCCUCUCCUGCCGCCUCUUCUACUUCAAGCUCACCGACCUGUACCGCAAGGUGAAGAAGAACAGCUCUCCUCCGCUCUCGCUCUACGGACAGCUACUGUGGCGCGAGUUCUUCUACACCGCCGCCACCAACAACCCACGCUUCGACAAGAUGGAGGGAAACCCCAUCUGCGUCCGCAUUCCCUGGGACAAAAAUCCUGAGGCGCUCGCCAAGUGGGCUGAGGCGAAGACGGGCUUUCCUUGGAUCGAUGCCAUCAUGACUCAGCUGAGGCAGGAGGGAUGGAUUCAUCACUUGGCCCGACAUGCCGUGGCCUGCUUCCUCACCAGAGGAGACCUAUGGAUCAGCUGGGAGGAAGGAAUGAAGGUGUUUGAGGAGCUGCUGCUGGAUGCAGACUGGAGCGUGAAUGCGGGCAGCUGGAUGUGGCUGUCCUGCAGUUCAUUCUUCCAGCAGUUCUUCCACUGCUACUGCCCCGUGGGCUUCGGCCGGCGCACCGACCCCAACGGGGACUUCAUCAGACGAUACUUACCUGUCCUCCGAGGUUUUCCUGCAAAGUUCAUCUACGACCCGUGGAACGCUCCAGAGUCCGUGCAGGCGGCGGCCAAGUGCAUCAUCGGAGUCCAUUACCCAAAGCCCAUGGUGCACCACGCAGAGGCGAGCCGGCUCAACAUCGAGAGGAUGAAGCAGAUCUACCAGCAGCUGAGCCGAUACAGAGGGCUGGGUCUGCUGGCAUCAGUGCCGUCCACCAACGGGAACGGGAACGGCGGAAUGAUGGCCUAUUCUCCUGGAGAGCAGCACCCAGGGACCAACAGUUCACACACGCCCGGAGUGUCGGGGAGCCCCGUUCCAACAGGAAAUGGCAGCGGAAGCAUCCUUCUCAACUUUGACAGCGAAGAACAGACCGGCCCCAGCGGCGUUGGACAGCAGCGCCUGCAGCAGCAUGAUGCAGGAUACCACUCAGUGCCAGACGCCAGCCAGAACACCAGCAGCCGACUCUACCACGAGUUUGCUGUGCCUCAGCACCCAGGACUCCUUCUGCACCCCCGGGGCGGCAUCACAGGGAAACGGGAGCGCGAGUCGGAGCGUGAGGGGUCGGGGGAAGAAGAGCCGGCGUCCUGCUCCGUGCACAAAAUGCAGCGGCAGAGCGCAGAGGCUACCUAGAGCAGAUGGAGAAGAGACCGUCCGGAGUCCAUCGAGCCGGCAGAGAGAGGAAAGCCCGACACCACCGCCUGUCCUCCAAUCACAGGCGCCUCCUCCUCUUCCUACUUUUCCUCACACACAGAAAACCCCAGCGAGCACACACAGAGGUGAAAAUGUGUCGGUUGGCUCAAGUCGGUUGACCUCUGACCUCAGAGGAAUGUGCAAAGAAACAAAUGACCUCAAACUUUAUUUCUAAUAAAAUAAAUAAACCAAUAAAAACUUUAUUGUCUUAAACGGCUGCCACCGCCGCGCGGCUGCCAGGCUACAACGCGGAGCCUUCGUCACAGGCUUCGGAGAGUCUUCUUCUACUCAAACAGGUUUAAACAGGGAAACACAGCUAAAGCGCCGCCCGCGAGCCACGCCUCGAGUGACCCGAAGCACCAAACGCAGCCUGAUAACUUCACUUCCUGAAUGUGUAAAUAAAGCCUUUUUUUAAUACUGGAGGUGCAGCGGGUUAAUAAACACGAAAACCUCCUACGUAAGGGCACUGGUUGUGAUUCCCCCUUUCACCACCUGGGGCAGCAUUUCACCAGCACGUGUCUUCACGCUGUAAAUGAGCGCGGCUCACCGCUUCAUACAUGCGCACGCACGCUACGCCGGGGCUUUGGAUGUGGAGUUCCUUCACAUCCUGGUGAUGCUCCAGUAAACUUUGAGCAUUUUUAAAGCAGUUUAGAAAAACAGGAUCUUACACGUACUACCUUUAUCUCUGACGCUGGCUUCGUGGGAACGCCUUCGACUGCCUGGUUUGUGCUCGCUCGACUUGUAUCGGCAGCUAACAUCGAAUCCAAGUGAAAUUUGGACGCAUUAAAGUCACGAGUGUCAGAGGUCUUUAUAUAUUUAUAGCAGAUUAACAAGCCGCCGAGCCCGUUCAUGGUCUUUGAGUCGUGUUUACAGUGACGUUCUUAGAUUCGAGCCUUCGUGCCGUGGCGUCGUUUAGCCCUCUGUGUGACGCCGUCGUGCACGAGGAGGCGAAGCGUGGCUGAACACUCAGGUCCUGAUCUGAGACUUGUUCUGUUUUUGUUGUUGGACCAUCGUCCUCGCAGCUUUUCCCACAGUUUUACUGAGGUCGCUUUAGUGUUUGGUCCGACUUGGCCAGUCACAUUUUCACCUCUCUGUUCCCCUCACACCUCCGCACAUCGUCUCCGAGGUUUCCUUCUGCAGAUGUGGUGGUUGAGCUAAUGGCUGCGUUCAGUCUCCUCUCCAAGGCGUCACAUUUUUCUAAGAUUUCUUAUAAAAACCAAAAACCUGCUAAACAAAAAUGAAGGAAAAAAGACUAAAAACUAAGUUGAGUCAACGCGAUGAGACGGGCGACCCAAACGAGCCUCAUUCUGUCACAGACAACAUUCCUCACACGGUUUCCUGCGGCGCUGCACGGAAGGACACGUGAAGCAUGCACGGCUGUUCGGGAUCAUUAAAACCGUAAAUCUGCGCACCAUCGGCUUCAUGGCCAACAAACAAAGGGUCGCUGGCGUCCACGGGAGGGGGGUGUGUAGGUGGCAUCCUCCACCCACCACCAGCACCGCCACUCCCACUCAGAGAAUGUACACACACACACACAAACAGACACAAAGAUACACACACCUGUUAUUACAGCGCAGUUUCAGUAUAGUUACCCUGUUUUCUUUUGAGUUUACAGUGUGAUUACCCGAGUAUUUCUCAUGUCAGUAAAUAUAUACAGUAAAUAUGCUUUUUUCCCACAGGAAAUGUAGUAAUUAUACAGAGUAAAUACUUGUAAAUAUCUGGUAAUUUCACUGUAUUUGCGUACAGUUACAUGAGUAAGGACCAGGCUCCAUGUGAGUUUGAAUCCAGGCUAAUUUACCUGUGUUUAAACUGUAAUCACACCCACAACUGUAAACUCAGAUAACUCACUUCCUGCUGUUUCACAAUAAAAGUCUUCUUCUACUGAACAGCCAGAGGCCUUUAUUGUGAAAAGUGUUCAUUAAAAAGUAGUAAAGUCCACAUCUCUCUCUCUCUCUCUCUCUCUCACUCACACACACACACACACACACACACACACACACACACACACACACACACACACACACACACAGCCUUCAUGAUGAUUAGCCAGGAGAGAACAUCCCAGCCUCUGAUAUCAGCGCCCCCUUUUGUUUAAGCAGUGUAACUGCGAUCGCUGACGAGCAAAUCGGCUGUUUGGAACUUUGUGUCGCGUUUAUGUGUGCGUUGUUGGCCAAUCAUACUAACAAUAAUAAUAAUAAUAAAAUAUAGGUUUGACCUAAAUGCCCAAACCGACCUCAGUAUUGAUGAUAUUUGACGUGUUAAUAAAACAAGUGUGGGAAAUGAGGCAGCGUUGCCCCGCCCUCACAGAGCCCAGGUGUUUGAGGUGUUUUACAGGUAAAAUUAAAAUUCUUUUCUGGCUAUUACAGGAAUAUAAAGAAUGUGUGAAAUCAUAAUGUGGACUCGAGUCGGUUAAAUGUCCAGCGCACAGGUGCAGAACUGAAGACGCAGCGGGGCUUCAGACUGAGCGGAUCCUCACACAUUACCGGACCCAGGGGAGGGGCGUGGGCAGGUGUACAGUAGUCGGCAUUAGUGCGUCGUGGUCGUGCGCCCUCGCCUUGGGCAGUCACGUGGGGGGCUGAUAUCGGGCAGGGAGGGGGGCCUUUAGUAUUGUAGUGUUUCUGUAUUAUAGCUCUGUCUGAACAUUGUUAGGUUUGAUCGCUUUUAUCACUGUGGGGGAAAAGUUGAUCCAAGUUUUUAUUCUCGCUCUUUGUUAUGUUUGGUUUCCCUUCACGAAGGCGAAGACGGACGCCAUCCAUCGUCUCUGUAACCUUCUGCUCUUUCUGUCUCCUCGUGAUGUGAAAGGCUUUUUGUGAUCAAGUUCAUGGCAGGAAAUUAAAAUUGUUACAACCUGAAAA